UAAAGUAGUAUAAAAGGAAGAACAAAACACAUAUUGGAACUGAGUUUAUAUUAAUUCACUGAACUAGUUACAACGGUUUUGAUAAAUUCUAACGAAGAUGAAAUUAGUUUGGUUACUUUUAGUUAUUGCAACUUUUGUUGCUUUAGCCCAGGGUCAAGAAACAGCAGCAGCAGGAGAAACGACAACAACAACAACUACAGCUGCAGGUGAAACAACAACAACAACUACUACAACAGCAGCAACUACUACAACAGCAGCAACAACAACAACAACUACUGCAGGAUCAACAACUACAGCAGCUGGAAGGAAAUUUACUUCCAUGUCAUUGAAUAAAGCACGUUCUUCUUCUUCUUCUUCAAGUAGCAAUAGAAGACCCUUCUUCUGGUUCGGUUAAAACAACAUUUUAAUUCAACAAAAAUUUAAUAUGAAUUGAAAUUUGUUUAAAAAUUAAUAUGCAUUCGUAAAAAUUAAAAAAAAGCUUCAAAUUGAAAAAAAAAAUUGUUUUUUUAGCUUUUGCAAACAGGGUUCCUUCCCAAAAUAAAUUUAU